AUUUGUUGGCGGUUUAUUCAGUUUGCUGAUUUUGUGAAUGUCAUUUGUUUUUUGUGCUUAAAUACACCGAGUCGAAAAUUUACCAUUCAUAAAGAUUAUUGCCUAAGCUACUCCAAGCAAGUCAGAAUAAUAUCAAAUAACAUCAUGCCAAAGAAGCGCCGGACGAAGGUAGUGACGUUGGCUGCAAAGACCGCCUCAGGAGACGAGAGCGGGAACUCCAGCAAUGAAGAGAGGCAAAAGAAGAUCGAUGCCUACCUCAAGGACUUUGAUUUGAGAGUUGCCAACUGCAUUGCUCAAGCUCGCAGCGAGGCCACAACGAUGUGUAAUGCCAUCAACAGUGCCUUCACCAUUGAACUGUUCAAACUUCCCAAGAGCAUCAGGGAGAUGGCCAAAACGGAUUUUAUGGCCAGGGGCGGCAGCAUCAAUGACACCGCCUUGCAGCAUGUCACUGAGAUGACGGACUCGCUGGCCUCGUCCAUCGUCGCCAAGACCAUGACGGCGUCCAAGCAGGGCAAGGCCUUAUCUGCGCAGUCCUCGUCGACUGCUCAAGCGCCCAGCGCCUUGGAGGAAUGCACAGAAAAGACUGUGACUACUACAAAAAAGAAAGGAGCAAAGGGACGGAAAAAGACAACGGCGGCAGCAACAUCUAAACGUUCAACGAGGACGCAGAGCGUACUGACCAACAAUCAGGAGAUGAACAUACAGGACGUUGGAGAGCCUCAGACGGUGCGCCGGUCCACCAGACAGAAAACUGCCAGGAAUCAGUUUGUAACGCCGGCGACCAAGAUGGGCAAGUCGGGGGCAGUCUUGUCCAGCUGGGACACGCCCAUGGUCACUCCCAAGUUUGAUCCAAGGUUACCGGUGACGCCAGCUACCUGCGUGAUGCGAGACCCUAGACGGGGUGAGACCAUCAUCUCCCUAGCAGGCAGUCCCAUCAACGUGCCAUCCAAGCGAGAGGCGUCCCGACCUGAGGCUGUGAUUCCACUGGCAGAUGGCACGGCCUUGACGAUCGGCACGUCAUCUCCGCAGGUUGACAUGACGAUGGACGAAAACACUCGCAAGAACAUCCUCCUGCUGCAGAGCAACCUGGCCAAGAUCCUCCAGAAGUGUCCGGUGCAAGGAGAUAGCUAGGAGGACCGUAUAGAUCACUCUUCCCUGACUGACACAAGUACACCUCAGAAAGUCUGCGAAGGCUGGAAACAGUCACGCAGAAGUUAGAUUUCGAAACGGAAAUGAUACAGAAAUGUACAAAUUAACAAGUUGUGGGAAAAUGUUUUGCGAAAGUUAUAGAGGAUUACAUCUAGACCGGAUUCCCAAGCCGUGGAAGUACUGAGAGAUCUGAAGAGACGUGGAAUAUCCUUGAAGGAUGGAGAGCCCGACAAAAUAUUUCCACUGGUGUUAAUAGUGGUAGCAUAAAUUUGAAGUUUUAACGAAGUGUGAAAAUUGGAAGCACUCAAUUGGAACAAUUUGGUGGGGAUGAGGCAUGAACUUGGAUGUGCCUAACGUUUGUGACUUCUCUUGUCGUAUUGCCAUGGCAACUCCCCAAUCCAAGGAGCGGGAGAGAAAUACAUUUGAUUUCCCCUCAGAAGUAUAAAAGUCCAGGACUUUUCCGACUUUAGACCAAUGUUAGAUACACCAGUAAAAGAUGCUUUAGUUUUUAUUCUCCUGUAUAUUCAAUAAGGUGUACAGUUUAACUUGCAACUAUUAAACAUUUCCAACAUUCUCAGUAGCUACUUGUCUGUUUGGUAAUGAUCAAACACAUUGCAACUUGAACGUUACUGUAGAUUUGCUGCAAGUGUGUCCCUGUAGAUAAUGUUUUGUUUUACCGUCUGUUUCCUCUUUUUAUGAACAAUGUAGAAACUGGCUUUUUUCAUACUUGUGUGAGGAAAAGUCUCCGUUUUGAUUAAGAAAAGAAUCUAUUUAAAGUGAGUUGACUGGUUUAGAGUGCGUAACAGGUCAAUAAAUGAGAUUGUUAAGUUUGAUUCAUUGACUUGUGUCAGUAAAAUGUUUAUACUUGAAGCAAGUUAGAGAAUUACGCAUGUUCUUGGUCCCAAAGAAGUCUGAGUUUGCAUCAAACUUGACUGGAAGUGGAAGAAAUAGAAGCUCAGUUAUAACUCAUUUGGAAACAUUCAUAAGCGUGCAAAUGUCACUAGGUCCCUCAAAA